AUGUCAACAGAUGGUACAGAGGAACCCCUUGCUACACUUUCAUCAAUUCCGGAUUCAACCGCUGACCAGGUACCACCAAUAAUAGCAGAUGAAUAUACAUUGGAUCUGCCCAGAAUUCCUAGCUUGGAGUUACCACUUAACGUGUCCACAAAGCACGCUAGCAUAAAAAGAGCUAUAAAAAUGUGUGGAGGCAUCGAAAAAGUUAAGGAAGCCUUUAGAGAACAUGGACCUAUCGAAUCUCAGAAUGGAUUGGAAUUAUAUUUGAACGAUGGUAAUGAUAAGGACGGAUCCAAGGGCUAUUUCAACGAGCACCCUAUAAUUGGUAAAAGGGUCCCCUUCAGAGAUGAAUCUGUCAUCUUAAAAGUCACAAUGCCCAAGGGUACCUUGGCAAAAAAUAACAAUAGCGUUAAAGAUUCUAUUAGUUCCUUGAAGGAUUCAAACAAACUACGAGUCACUCCUGUUUCUAUAGUAGAUAAUACUAUAAAAUUUAGAGAAAUGUCAGACUUUCAAAUUAAACUAGAUAAUGUCCCUUCUGCAAAGGAAUUCAAAAGUAGCUUUGGCUCUUUGGAAUGGGGUAAUUUCAAAAACUUUGUGAAUUCUGUACCAGAUAAUGACUCCCAACCACAAGAAAACAUUGGUAAUCUGAUUUUAGACCGUAGCGUCAAAAUCCCAAGCACAGAUUUUCAAUUGCCGCCGCCUCCUAAGUUAUCGAUGGUUGGUUUCCCUCUGCUUUAUAAAUAUAAAGCUAAUCCUUUUGCAAAAAAAAAAAACGGUGUUACAGAAGUGAAGGGGACAUAUAUCAAAAACUACCAAUUGUUUGUGCAUGAUCUGAGCGAUAGAACGGUUAUUCCAUCCCAAGCCCAUGAACAGGUAUUGAACGAUUUUGAAGUGGCCAAGAAAACAAAAAUUUACCCAGGCACAAAAAGUGACUCAAAAUUUUAUCAAUCACUAGAAGAAUGUUUACAAAUUCUGAGAAAAUUAUUUGCUAGCCGUCCAAUUUGGGUCAAAAGACAUCUUGACGGGAUUGUACCGAAGAAGGUACAUCAUACUAUAAAGAUAGCACUUUCACUCAUAUCUUAUCGUUUCACAAUGGGACCUUGGAGGAAUACAUAUAUUAAGUUCGGCAUAGACCCUAGAAGUUCUGUGGAGUAUGCUAAAUAUCAGACUGAAUAUUUUAAGAUCGAAAGGAAAUUGUUAUCAUCUCCUAUAGUUAAAAAAAAUGUUCCUAACCCUCCCCCCUUGGUAUUUGAAUCAGACAACCCGGGAGAUAUUGAUAGUAGGUUCAAAUUUGAUGGGAAGAGAGUCCCGUGGUACUUGAUGUUGCAAAUUGAUCUAUUAGUUGGUGAGCCAAACAUUGCAGAAGUUUUUAAUAAUGUUCAAUAUUUAGAUAAGGCGAAUGAAUUAACAGGAUGGUUUAGAGAAUUAGAUUUGGUGAAAAUAAGAAGAAUAGUAAAAUACGAACUUGGGUGCAUGGUCCAAGGAAAUUAUGAAUACAAUAAAUACAAGUUGAAAUACUUCAAGACAAUGCUAUUUGUUAAAGAGUCCAUGGUGCCAGACAACAAAAAUCCAGAGGAGGAAAUGGGAGUCAACGCCAAUACAGACGCGGAUGGGGAUGUAAAUAUGGACGAUGGCAGUCAAGGGUCAUCAAAUCCUACAAAGGAGGAUAAGGGUACUGUUGUUGGCGAUGACUAUGAAGAUAAUGACGCAAUAACUGAAGAACCAGAUGAUGCCGCUUUAGAAAAUGAAGAAAUGGACACUGAUCAGAAUUUGAAGGUGCCUGCGAUUAUAGAGGAUUAUGCGGAUGAUGGUGAUGCAGACGAAGAAGUACAAGAGAGUUUCGACAUCAAAACAGCGAGCUUCCAAGACAUCAUUAAUAAAAUAGCUAAACUCGAUCCCAAGGCUGCCGAGACAAUGAAGAAAGAACUCAAAGGUUUUGUCAAUGAAGUCAAUUUAUAG